AUGCUAUUGGGAGCCUCAGGAAAUGAUUCCUUUGAGACUAAGUUUGUCCUGCUGGGUCUAACAGAGAUUCCAGCUCUGCAGCCCAUCCUCUUUGUCAUCUUCCUUCUAGCUUAUGUAGUUACUAUUGGUGGCAACUUCAGCAUCCUUGCUGCCAUCCUCAUUGAACCCAAACUCCACACCCCCAUGUACUUCUUCCUGGGGAACUUGUCCCUGCUGGAUGUUGGGUGCAUCACUGUUACAGUCCCUGCCAUGUUGAGGCAAUUCCUAUUCAAUGACAGAAGCAUCUCCUAUAGAGCCUGCCUCUCACAGCUCUUCUUCUUCCACCUCCUGGCUGGGGCAGACUGCUUCCUGCUGACUGUCAUGGCCUAUGACUGCUACCUGGCCAUCUGCCACCCACUUACCUACAGCACCCGCAUGAGCUGGGGAAUCCAGAAAGCCUCAAUGGGCAUGUCAUAUGUCUUUUCCUUCAGCCAUGCACUGACCCAAACUGUUGCUUUGUCUAUGCUGAAAUUCUGUGGCUCUAAUGUGAUCAAUAACUUCUACUGUGACCUUCCUCAGCUUUUCCAGCUCUCCUGCUCCAGCAUCUAACUCAAUGAACAACUGCUGUUUGUAGCAUCAGCCUUCAUUGGUGUGGCCCCAUUGGUCCUCAUCUCUCUGUCCUAUGCCCAUGUGGUAGCCGCUGUUUUGAAAAUUCGCUUUGCUGAAGGCAGAAAGAAAGCCUUCUCCACAUGCAGCUCCCACCUCACUGUGGUGAGCAUCUUCUAUGGGAUGGGCCUCUUCAGCUACAUGAGGCUGGGUUCACUGGAGGCUUCAGACAAGGAAAAAGGCAUUGGAGUCUUCAAUACUGUCAUCAGCUCCAUGCUGAACCCACUCAUCUACAGCUUCAGGAACCCUGACAUGAAGGGCACCUUGUGGAAGUUGUUCACAGGGAAAUAG